AUGACACCUACGCUACUACUACCCACUAUCAACCCUAGGUCCGAACUACGUUGCAUCCUCCCUGCUCUGCUACUCCCUGCUGCAUCCUCCCUGCUCUGCUACUCCCUGCUGCAUCCUCCCUGCUCUGCUACUCCCUGCUGCAUCCUCCCUGCUCUGCUACUCCCUGCUGCAUCGCCCCCUUGGUGUCACUCCUUUGCUUCUACCCCAUGUUGUUACUACUGUGCUCCCCUCCCCUGCUAUUACUCCUGCGCACCUCUCCUUGCUGCUACUCCUCUGCUCCCCUCCUUGCUGUCGUUCCUCUGCUCCCUUCCCCGUUGUCGUUCCUCUGCUCCCCUACCUGCUUUCGUUCCUCUGCUCCCAUCCCUACUGUCGUUACUGUCAUUCCUCAGCUCCCUUCCCUGCUUUCGUUCAUCUGCUCCCUUCCCUACUGUCGUUCCUCUGCUCCCUUCCCUGCUGUCGUUCCUCUGCUCCCCUCCCCGCUGUUAUUCCUCUGCUCCCUUCCAUGCUGUCGUUCCUCUACUCCCUUCCCUGUUGUCGUUCCUCUGCUCCCUUCCCUGUUGUUGUUCCUCUCCUCCCUUCCCUGCUGACGUUCCUCUGCUCCCUUCCCUGCUGUCGUUCAUCUUCUCCCCUCCCUGCUGUCGUUCCUGUGCUCCCUUCCUUUUUGUCGUUCCACUGCUCCCUUCCCUGCUGUCGUACCUCUGCUCCCUUCCCUGCUGUCGUUCCUCUGCUCCCUUCCCUGCUGUCGUUCCUCUGCUUUCUUCCCAGCUGUCGUUCCUCUGCUCCCUUCCCUGUUGUCGUUCCUCUGCUCCCUUCUUUGCUGUCAUUCCUCUGCUCCCUUCCCUGUUGUCAUUCCUCUGCUCCCUUCCCCCCUGUCGUUCCUCUGCUCCCUUCCCUGCUGUCGUUCCUCUGCUCCUAUCGCCCCUCCCACUCCUACCCCUAGGCCAAGUCCUUGGGGCAUGUCCGGCUCCUGAUGCUUUCCGCAAGGACCCCGGCUUCCUCUACAUUGGGCUCGACGCCGAUGUCCAGCCCUGGACUUGCGUCCUCUGGCUUCUCCUGCGGCCCUGCCCUCGACUCUGCCAUGGCGCAUAUGGCCUCCGAGGCUCACACCUCCAACCUGCGCGCAGCGCCCAAGGGCCCUGCUGCAAAUGA